CGUAUGCAUUACGUGUUAUGCGUUAUGUAAGAGUCUGUGCCCGCCGCUAUAAAAUAUUGAAAAUCUCACGUUGCUAUCUCAGUAUGAAGUUUACAUCUUACUGUUGAAGACGUGUAGAUACGAAAAGUCAAUCAGAAGUCUUAUUAGAUUACUAGAUUGUUAACUACACUGCCGCAAAGAUGCAGAUGAAGAUCUUGCAGCUGCAUGAGCUGUUGAACGUGCUGGCCUGGUUGGAGGGCACGUGGAUAACGGAUGAGCCCGCAGUGGGCACAUACCCGACCAUCAAGCCCUUCAAUUACUACGAUGAGAUAAACAUUACGUCCAUAGGUCAGCCGCUGUUCAAUUACAUCGCGCAGAGCUGGCAUCCGGAUUCAGGGACACCGAUGCAUCGAGAGACCGGCUUCCUGCAGAUCUUACCAGGAACUAACAAGGUCGUACUUAGUCUAAUUGAUAACAUAGGAUUGUUUACGGUCGAACAGGGUGAUCUGAUGGGCGAUGAUAACAAUACCAUCGACUUAAACAGCAACAAUAUACUGACGACAGAUGCAUCGGUACCGUCUUUCCCGACUUUAACACAGACACGUCGAGUGUACAAACGCAACGGCGACAACUUGGAGCUUGUUUUCUACAUGGCGACAUCGAAAACACCUGAGUUGACGGAACAUUUGCACUUAAAACACGAUGUCUGUACAAAUCGGUUACGUAUGAGAUAUAUACAGUAUCUGGAGGAACAACGCACGAGGGAUGAAAGAAAUCACAAGCUUUUAACCGCAUUGGACAGAGUUAUGAACAAGCUUGCGCUAAUAAGCGCGAAAAAAGACAGACUCAAUGUUCUCAGAAAACAGUACGAGACUUAUUUACUUCGCGCUUAUGCCAAUCACCGGCCACCCGGUAGCGUCACCGAGGAUAGUGGCAUCGCCAGUCAGAAUGAGGAUAGAUACACGAAGAAAACCGUCGCGUUGGCACAUCCCGAUUUAGCAUCUGCGGAAACAAGAAGCAUUUCAUCACCGCGAUUGCAUCCGGGGGCGCCUGGUCCACAGUCGAUUCAGCCAAGGUCUACCUCCGCUUCCAAGUUGUACGAUCAGACUGUCGUAGACGUUUCGUUAAAUAAUCCUCCACCAAUUUUGACAACUGCGCCAUUAGGUGCAAUCCGCGAUGUCGAUCAUCGUCAGACGAAUGUUCUACAUGGACCACAUAUUUAUGCCUCCGUGCCGAACGCUCAUCAAUAUCCACGAAUGAUACCUUCCAAUUAUGACGGAAGUGUGCCUCGUAAUCUUCAGCAUGUUCCGGACAUUCGCGUUUCGUAUGUGGAAGCGCCGGUAUUGCCAAUUGCGCCUUCGGAUAAUUCCACUAAUCGAUUCUUCAGGGAGCACAUGGAAUCGGCGCAAGUCGCAUCCGGUCUCUCGGCGACCGCGCGGUUUCCCGCUGGAGAUAUCUCACAAUAUGAAAAGAACGUGCCUAUUCAACACCAAUUCGACCCCUUGACCUCACGUCAUUAUCACGACACCAACAUGUUGAUGUCCGAUCCGCGAUCGCGGAUAAGAGAAUACAAUCCGUCCGAUACCGCGGCCGUGGAACCGACUUUAGUGACCGGGAAAUCGAGUACAUACCGAACAGGAUCUGACAUGAACAUCGCUAAUCAGGUCGGUCCGUUACCGGGAUACAUGGACUACAUCCUGGCGAGUUCGCAGAAAUCCGAUGAUGAAGGAUCCACUCGUUCCAUCACCAGCGACGACCUGGACAGUUUGAUGAGGCGCAACGAACAUUUGCUCUGGGGCAACGCGGAUGUUGCCAAAACUUUGUCGCCGACUGCUUUGGGAACAGACAACUUUAAUCUGGAUGAUAACGGCAGGACGGCGAUUCUAGAGAAAGAACUGGAUCGAUAUAUCAGUAACAUCCGGAGGAUCCAUCGGGAGCACGGCGUGCAGAGCGUGGACGAACUGGAUCACGAGCAAAACACUAGCGGUGAUCUGUUGAAUGUCUCCCUGACCGAAGAUGGUCUGGAACUUCCAGCCGAGGAUCGGGCGAGGAAGGAGAGGGUACCCGAGGAAAUGGGCAAAAUUUUAGCAUUAGCUAGCGAUCUUGCAUCCAGGACGGCGACUCUGAAGAAUAUUGCACGAGAUUCGGUCGGACAAAACGGUAAUGGAAGACUCAUGGCAGUCGAGGAUGGAAUUAGACAUCGCGAGAAUGCAAAAAGCGAUGCGUCGGAAUGUAAAGAGGAACGCGAGGCUGAAGGACGUACAAGAAAUGAAAUUCAAGAGGACGUUGCGACACACUCGGCGAAAUUAGAUCGACCGCGCGGAGACGCGCAGAUUGCGAAAGAGGACUGGAAUAACGCGGCCGAUUCAGCCGAGUCACGAGAACGCAAUCGAGAAAUACCUACUGCGAAAAAAGACAGCGUCGACGAGGAAAUAGCCGCGAGUGACGGAUCACGGAUCGACGAUUCGAAGAGUGCGCCGGAUGAGAAACGACUUGAUCUUGUAACCGGUAAAGAAUCGGAUAUCGAUGGUGUGUUCGAUGCUGCCGAGGAAUUGGCGCCGUGGAAUCUUGCAAGUGUGCAGAAAAAAGUUCGCGAGUUACAUUUGGACGAUGCUGACGGAGACCGAGCGGCGGGAAAAAAUGCCGAAGCUACGAUGGACAUCAAAGAAGACAUCAUUAACGAAUCGUCACAAUUCAUCGAGCAAAACGUGAAUGACGAAGUGGAGAACGCGCGUCCUCCGCAGGAUACACUUCCUCGCUCGGAAAUGGAAACGAAAACAUUGGACACAAGCGAGGUAAAUGAAACCGAGGAGCAAACUGAAACACGUGGACCUAUCGAGGACGCUCAAGAUGUACCCUCUAAAGAUUCGGAUCAACAUUUAGUUGAUGAACCUAAGACCGCGUCGCAGCCAGGUGAGGAACUUGGUGAACAAGACGAAAGUGGCAGAAGAAACCCAGACAACGAUGAGACGACGGAACUUCGAGUCGACGAUCAAUUCGAAGAUGUUGUGAAAGAUGGUGAGUACAGUGCCGAGCAAGGAUACGCUGAAGAUCCGAGCCAAACGCAGCAGUACGAGCAACAAGAUCCAAAUCAGCAAUAUUAUGACCCAAACAUGUCAUACGAGGCUGGUAACGAGGAGUAUUCGAGAUACGCUGAUCAAGGAUAUGCUCAAGAUGAUCAAGAGUACGUCGAGUACGUGGCUGACCAGUACGAGCAGUACCCUGAAAAUCUCAAUAACCAACAGUACCAGCACUAUCCUGAUGCGCAGUACGAACAGGAUCCGAAUCAAGCGUACGAUUACGGCUAUGACCCCAAUCAGGGAUAUGGUGAUCCUGCUCAGCAAUACGACCCUAAUCAAGGAUAUGAGAACAAUCCUGACACUCAGGCGUACGAUUACACUGAGCAAGUACCCUAUGAUCCUAAUCAGACAUAUGAUAACGCGUACGAACAGGAGUACAAGGAGGAAGAGCGGAAUCCUGGUGACGACGCUGAGAGUCGUGUAGAGAAACCAGAAGCAGAAGAGACCUCACAGAUACAGGUGGAUCCAGAACUGGAACAUAAAUCGGACAAAGAUGGGGAUAAAUUGCAACAGGCGGAUGUUAACGGAGCGAGUCAAUCGAAGAAGAAGAAAGACGUGAUCAAGUCCCUUCUGGAUUCCGACACAGAUACGACGAUCGAAAAGAAUGUUUCGAACACAGAAACGAGCACUCAAGAUGACGAACGCAUUUGCAGAAUUAUGGAGGAUGUGAUGGCCAUGAACGGCGUGAAGGAGGUGAAUGGUGACACAGACAGGCUCUAUUACGAAUUGGAUGGCGAGGGCGACGCCGACAGCUCGACAACUCCGAGCCAUAAUGUGGAUCACCAUCGCGAUCGUAGCGAAAGCCCAGUUUUUGGUAUCGAGGGUGGUAGUAGCGCUGCAGGCGCUAGUAGUAACUUGAGACUUGCAUCUCACGAGCUGCCAAAUGAGAUUUCGGCUCCCUAUGAAGUACCUCAAUUCCCGAUCGAACAGAUCGAGAAGAAGCUUCUGAUCCAACGACAAUUGACUGUCAAAGCUGCAAAAGAUCUUGAGGAACGUCGCAGUCAUUAUGAACCGUCACUUCAUCCAGGAGUUCCUGAUGACAUCGAUCAUAGUUUCAAGAUCGAAGAAAAUGAUUUCGUGCCUCAUUUUCAACGAGUCUCCAUAUCCGGCGAGGACACUUCCGGAGUACCUCUGGAAGAUCUUCAAAGGGCCUCCAAGAUGUUGGUGCAGGCAUUGGCGAUACGCGAAAAAUACAUGAACAACUCCAAGCAGAGCUUCCCCACUAUUACUUCUAGAUUCUUGCGUAGUAUCGAUAAAAGACCACUCACUACGGACGAUGAAGUACAUCACGACGAUCGCAAGGCCAUCGAAGGGAAAGAGCUGCUGGAUAUUGCGAAAGAAAUCGGGGGCAGUCAAUCCGACGCGGACAUCGACGCGCUGAUCAAAGACGUCUCUUGGACAGGUCUUCCUAAUCACCCGGUACAUGCGCCUGCUUCUCGGGGCGAUCCUUGGGAAUGUGAAUUUCCACCGACGAAGAAUUACAAGAUCGUACCAGUCAAUGGCGUGUUUAACCUGUUCGCCAAUGAUGAGGAUCUGGCCAAUGGCAAACCGCUCCCGUAUUCGUAUCCGGACCUGGCGGCCUUCGUCCAGGACAUGAACCUCCUUUGCGCCAUGAUCGCCGACGGACCCUUGAAAUCCUUCUGUUACCGAAGACUGAGUUACCUCUCCUCUAAGUAUCAGCUACAUGUGCUGCUAAACGAGCUCAGGGAACUGGCGAGUCAGAAGGCCGUGCCGCAUAGGGACUUCUACAAUAUUAGAAAGGUCGAUACUCACAUACAUGCGGCUUCGUGUAUGAAUCAAAAACACCUGCUUAGAUUUAUCAAAAAAACGUUGAAGAAUCACGCUGAUGAAGUGGUUACUUGUUCCAAAAACGACGAAACUAUGACACUCCGUGAAGUCUUUCAAUCCAUGAAUUUGACUACCUACGAUUUAAGCGUCGACAUGUUGGACGUGCAUGCAGACAGAAACACGUUUCACAGAUUUGACAAGUUCAACGCGAAGUACAAUCCUAUCGGCGAGAGCCGUUUGCGUGAGGUUUUCCUCAAAACCGACAACUAUCUGAAUGGCACAUAUUUUGCACGGAUAAUCAAGGAGGUCGCAAGCGACCUUGAGGAGUCCAAGUAUCAGAAUGCAGAACUGCGUCUUUCGAUCUAUGGCAAGAGUCCAGAAGAAUGGGAUAAACUAGCUAAGUGGGCAAUUCAGAGCGACGUCUAUUCAGAUAAUGUGCGCUGGCUUAUACAGAUUCCUAGAUUAUAUGAUAUCUUUAAGCUGAACAAGCUUAUGACGAACUUCCAAGAGAUUAUCAACAAUAUCUUCCUGCCACUUUUCGAAGUGACCAACGAUCCCAAUUCUCAUCCGGAGCUGCAUAAAUUUCUUCAAUACGUAAUAGGCUUCGAUUCCGUGGAUGAUGAAAGUAAGCCAGAAAAUCCUCUCUUUGAUAAGGAUGUUUGUCCACCUUUAGAGUGGGACGAUAUAGAGAACCCGCCAUACGGAUAUUACCAGUACUAUACUUACGCGAAUAUGACGGUUCUUAAUCACUUUAGAGCAGAACAAGGCUUCAAUACAUUUGUCUUGAGACCUCAUUGCGGUGAAGCAGGGCCCGUUCAACAUCUCGUGUGUGGCUACAUGAUGGCGGAGAACAUUUCGCAUGGUUUACUGCUCAGAAAAGUUCCUGUGCUUCAAUACUUAUAUUACCUAGCGCAAAUCGGCAUCGCGAUGUCGCCGCUCAGUAACAAUUCGCUUUUCCUUAAUUAUCAUCGUAAUCCACUUCCAGAAUACCUUGCUAGAGGAUUAUGUAUAAGCUUGUCUACAGAUGAUCCUCUCCAGUUCCACUUUACUAAGGAACCCCUGAUGGAAGAAUAUAGUAUUGCUGCGCAAGUGUGGAAACUCAGUUCGUGUGACAUGUGCGAGCUAGCACGCAAUUCCGUUCUUAUGAGUGGCUUUCCACAUAAAAGUAAGCAGUACUGGUUGGGACCUAACUAUACAAAAGAGGGAGUCGCUGGUAACGAUAUUACUCGAACCAACGUACCAGACAUACGAGUGGCCUAUCGAUAUGAAACCUUAGUUGACGAAUUGUCCAAUAUCUUCAAGGUCGUGGAGAAACCUGAGUCACUUCCAUUUUAAUAAUCGAUUAUUUGGAUUAAAAAAAAAACGAUGGAGGUCGAUUGAGGUGAAAUGAUAUUCAAAGAUUGACGAAAAUUAUGAUUAUUCAUAUGAUUUAUUCUUGUGAUUCCGGCUCUUUUAUGCUAACUACAAAAUAUGUUUUGAAACAUUACGAGAAUUCUUAAGAAAAUUAUUUUCUUUUCUUAUGUAAUUACUGAUCUUUUUCUCUUCAUACAUCAAGAAUAUAAAUCGAGAUUGAAACUUCGAACAUCGAUCAAAUUAUAUGUUAGAUGAAGUACAAUACCAAAUUAUCUCUAAAAUAUAUGUAUCUUGUAUCACAGAUUUUUCAACGUGAGAAUGUGCUUAAGAUCGGUAUCGCGUGACAAAAGUAUGUAAUUCUACCUUGACUAUGAAUAUAGAUAGGUGAAGGGCCAAAUGCGAUUUCGUGAGGCCGUUACAUUUCUAUAUUAAAUUAUGAAAUCAGUUUCUAAAUUGAUUCCAUAAUUUAUUAUGAAAAUCCGUAUUUGUUGCUUAAACAAAUUAUGAACUUUACGUAUGUAUCGUUCAUCUUUCAUCUUGUACCUUUUUUAAAGACUUCAAUCGCAAGAGUAAAUCAAUCAGAAAUUAUACAUAUACGUUGACCAAUUUAAUAGUAGCUGUUAGAAGAUAUUUCUUCUAUCAUUGCAAGAUUCGUAAUACACAUUAGUGUACGUAUUGUAAUACAAACUAGGCUAGAAACGAAUAUUACGUUUAUUUACCUUGACGUUAAGCUCGUGAUAAAAUAAAUCCGUUUUUCACAUCUCGGCCGUAUCUACGGCGAUAGCGGUAUAUCUUUCUUGGAUUUUAGUUUUAUUUUCUUACAUUUUUGUACAUUUAUAUCUUAAUCGUGUAUAACGUUUGUUUCGGCGAGCAUUCAAAUAGCUGGCUCGUAUGCGGAUAGUUAACUCGUGCCAUUGUAUACCCUUCUUUCCACAAAUAGGUAGUGUAAAUAGGAAAUUACUUUGAUUAGAUGUAACUAAGAUAUUUUACGAGCUUUACAUGCGUGCCAAGGUAUGAUGCAACGAUAUAAAUAUAUUUCUCGUUAUUUUAACUUCGUCGCUCUUUUUACCAUUUUUUGCAUCUGCCAUUUUCCGAGAAAACUCUCCGAACAACGAGCCUAAGGGAUUUAAAUUAAGCGAUAUAUGAUCAUCUAUAACACUUGAACACUGUGCCCUGAAUAUCGAAUUUAAAUUAAAUUGUUACUAGAUAGAAAGAUAUAUAUUUAUUGUAAAAAAUAUAUAUACUAAAACGGAAAUAUAUACUUGUAUCGU